AUGCCAUAUGAUCCUAACCAUUGUACUCAUCACGACGCUCCAAUGAGACAACAGCUGUUCGCUUGUCUGACUUGUAGAGCAAAGGAUAAACAAGAUAAUGGCAUAUGCUAUUCAUGUAGCAUACAGUGUCAUUCGAAUCACGAACUAGUCGAGCUUUUUGCUCGUCGGGGAUUUUCAUGUGAUUGCGGUACAACUAGAAUGGCAUCAUUCGGUGCAUGUAAUCUGAGAAAGAAUUUUGAUGGCCUUGACACCCCGGAAGAGACCAAUAAGUACAAUCAUAACUUCUCGGGCAGGUUUUGCUCUUGCGAUCAAGUAUACGAUCCUUCGAGCGAACAGGGGAUCAUGUUUCAAUGUUUACUAGGAGAUGCAUGUGAUGAAGAGUGGUUUCACGAAGAAUGCAUUUUAGGAGUUGACAGAUUAGGAACGGUGGAAACUGAAGCUAAUCCGGAGAGUACAUCUGUGAAAGACGAUGCAAUUGAUGAUACUGCUCUAAAAUCCCACUAUCCUCAGGGUGUCAAUAUGUAUGAUCUGCUGGAACCCGCUGAAAGCUCUGUUGUGAAGGCUCCGGAAGAGAUCAAAGAAGAACAGGAAAAGUCUGAACAGAAUCAGGAUGGAAACCUUGCUGUGAAUAAUGAAGAAGAUGAUGAAGAUGAGGAGGGAGAUGAAGAUGAUGAAGAUGAUACUUUGGAUGGCUUGCCUAGACAGGAGGAUAUCGGAGCGUUUAUUUGUUGGAAAUGUGUGGAAAAGAACCCAAUUCUAUUAAAGUGGGGAAAGUCUUGGCCAGAAGUUGCUCAUGAACCAGUUGUCCACGGGAUUUUCAAGACUAUUGAAGAGCGAGAGCUUUCCAUUAAGUCGCUGAAGCCCGAACCCUCGAACCGAGACGUUGAGAAGAACGAGUUUGAUAAAAGAGCUUUAGAUGAUGGUGUAAGCAGUAUACAGCCUCUCAAGAAAAUCAAAAGUGAUGAACAAAAGCAGGAAGUUUCGUUAUUUUUGAAGCCUGGAUUUCACGACCACGUCAAGGCGAGUUCUGAUCCUGAUAUAAAAGCAUUUGCUGAAAAGUUUCCUUUUCUAUUAGAAGAAGAGAGCGUCUAUGAACCUCCUCAGGAUGAUGAUGCAAAUUCAUCACUGCUAGAUGCUGGUACCCGAGCACUAAAUUCCAUUCCAAGAGAUCAGGCAAUUAAUGGAAUGCAAGCUUAUUCAAUGAUAAGAGAGCGCUUGAGUCUAUUCCUCCGACCCUUUGCAGAACAAGGGAAGGUGGUUACCGAGCACGAUGUAACUAAUUUCUUCGAAGAAGUACGUAAUGAAAAAUAA